AUGAGUGACCUCCCUGCAAAGGAGAUCCUGGACAGAGACACCUUCCUGACCGAGUUUAGAACCGAUGCUUACCUUCAGGAUUUCUAUACCAAAGUGGAGGAUCCCGCGAUGCAGAUGGUCCUUACCUGUCUGCCAAAUAUCGUGGCACGACUGGGUAAUGUGAAACGAGUGCUAGAUUUCGGAGCCGGACCCACCAUACAUGUGGCUGCCUCUUUUCGAAAUCAAGCAGAUGAGAUCUACCUUGCUGACUAUCUUCCUCAAAAUCGUAAAGAGCUGUCACUAUGGUGUAAAGGGCGAUCAGAAUUUGACUGGUCUGUACCGUUGAAGAUGAUCCUGUCACAGGAAGGCAAUUCAUGGACUGACCUGGAUCAGAUGAUUGCUUUAACAAGACAAAAGAUAUGCGGAGUUUAUCAUUGUGACUGUUUUGCCAGCCCAUCCGUCGAUUUGCCAAAGCAGCUUCACGGGAAGUUUGAUGUGUUAGUCACGAUCUUUUGUGUGGAAUACUGUUGUAAAACGUAUGAAGAAUACAAAAUGGCCAUCAAAAACAUAGCGGAUCAGAUAAAUCCUGGAGGUUUUCUUGUAAUGGGCGGUAUACUUGAAGAGACAUGGUGUUCAUUCGGUGGACGAGUAUUCAGUUGCCUUUACAUUACCAAAGAGAUGAUGUUGAAUGCCCUAGAAGAAGCUGGACUUCGACGAGAAGAUGACCGUAAAUGUGUUAUGUUCGAAGUCAAUGACAUGUUCCUCAUUUGUGCCCGUAAACGCCAUCUCUGA